CGUCACAGCUUCACUUUUCCGGCCCACCAAGUCACCUUGUUGACAUUUCGAACCUCAUACGGCGGUAUCAUAGCCUGGUUACAUACGAAGCAAAAUCAUGGCCGACACUGGUCAACAAAGACCCCUCACAGCUUUCGCCCCGCCUCCUCCUUUAUGGAAACACUUCACACCGAAUAACCUCAAGAAGCUAGAAGAGAUCAAAAAGAGUGCGUCCAAAGGCGAAAAUGGAAAACCACAGAAAAGGAACUGGACCCCAACAGAGUUGCGUGCUCUAGACCUGCCACCAGAGCUCCGUUUUCUCGUUCCACCAGAAAUACCUAAAUCGGGUCAUUAUAGUGUGUUUGGAGAACUACAAAGUCUUUCAACCGCUCUCCCUUCCCUCAAAGACCAAGGCAUAACACAGCUCUAUCCCUCUCCCUCGACUGAUGAUGCUGCCGGGGAGCAACCUUCAGAGCCUGCCCGUCCAUUGAACCACGCGUAUUAUCUCCUCAAAAUCAGUAAAUCUUUGCUUCUCAAUUUUCUCGAAUUUGUUGGCAUUCUUUCGGUAUCUCCAGAGCAGUUCGAAUCCAAGGUGGAGGACUUGCGCAACCUGUUCAUCAACGCGCAUCAUCUUCUGAAUCUGUAUCGGCCUCACCAAGCACGAGAAUCGCUCAUUCUAAUGAUGGAGGAACAACUUAAUCACACCAAAGAGGAGAUACAGCAAAUGGACAAGUUAAAGGAGGAGCUUACAGGAGUUCUCGAGCAGUUAAAAAAGGACGGCAUCGAUAUAGAAACAGCUAUUGAGGCUCCUGAAAAUGAGACAAAGCAACCAUCUGAAUCAGAAGGGAAGACGACUGAAAACGUGCGAUUGGUCUGGGAACUUUUGGACGAGAAAAAUUGAGGCUUUCGACAAUUAUGAUUAUCCUAAUUUCCAGCUCUUGAAUCACCCAAUACGAAGUGCUUCACGCACAAAAUCCUUUGUCGAGACACUACUAACUACAUCAUGAAUACCGCUGGAUCUCAGGCAUGCAGCAAAUCUUCGCUUCUCUUCGAUCGACUCAAUACGCCGUUUCAGCCGCGCUAGGUCAGUCUACCUCGACGGGGGGAUCAAGACCGCCUUAGUGCCACGAAUCAGUCUACAAUC